AUCUUAGUAUAGUUCAACUAGACAAAAACGUUCAAAAUAUCGAGUCUCCAGAUUGAACUAAAAAACUAAAAAAUAAAAGAGAGAUUUCAAUUCUUAAAACGACACACGUCAAUUGAGAAUCAUUCCCAUUUUCGAGAUGAAAUCUUAGCAGAUCAAGUAACGUUGGGCGCCUGAAUCUAAGUCGGUUCGGGCAUCAGGCAGUCUUCCUAUAAAACUAAGAACAAAUUGGAGCAGAAGCGAGGGCGGGUGACAUCUCUUCGCGCGGCAACUCCAGUGUCGUCUCUUAGUCCGCUUACUUUCUUCCCUCUGAACAAUUACGAUGGCCUCCAUAAAACGCGAGCGUCCUGGAGAACACGAACCUGAUGCAAAGAAACCCAAACUUGCGUCUGUUUCGGAUGCUUCUGAGCUGAAGGGCCAGCAUCCAGUGGCGCUCAACCCUGCCGACUGCGACUUGGAUUUCAAGAUUGAAAGUGAUGGUCUUCAAGGAUCUGCUCUUUAUGAGGAAGGUUUUGCUUAUUGCUGGUCUGGCGCUCGGGCCACCAUUGGUAUUACUGGUGGAAAAUAUUGUUUUGGUUGCAAGGUUAUCUCUUUACAGCCAGUUGAAAUGGAUGAUACUCCUCCAGAUCAGCAGCAUGUUUGUCGUCUUGGCAUUUCCAGAGGGGACAGCCCAGUUGGAAAUCUUGGAGAAACUAAACAAAGUUUUGGAUUUGGUGGCACAGGGAAGUUUUCAAAUGCUGGAAAAUUUUCUGAUUAUGGUGAAAAGUUUGGGAUUGGUGAUACUAUUGUUUGUGCUGUUAAUCUUGAAAGCAAGCCCCUGGCUUCUAUUGGAUUUUCCAAGAAUGGCAAAUGGUUGGGUACGGCAAUACAAUUUGAUGCAGGUCCAAGGGGUCUUGGAGUGGUGGAUUCUCCAUUGAGAAAGCUUCAACGGGAAUCAGCAUUUUUUCCUCAUGUAUUAUUGAAGAAUGUUGUGGUCCAGUUGCAAUUUAGUGUUGAAGAGGGGCUUGCUCCAGAAGAAGGCUUUAAACCGUGGGCCUCUGCUUUGGAUGAUAACAAUGCAUUACUAGGGCCUACUUUUAGUAAUGUAAGAGAUUGUGAAGUCAUGAUGAUGGUGGGUCUACCGGCUUCUGGAAAAAGUACAUGGGCCAAAAAAUGGGUAGAUGAUCAUCCGGAGAAACGCUAUGUUUUGCUUGGGACUAAUCUAAUUCUUGAUCAAAUGAAGUUACCAGGUCUAUUGCGAAAACAUAAUUAUGGUGAGCGAUUUGAUCGCCUGAUGGACCGAGCGACUGGGAUUUUUAAUGUACUUCUGUCUAGAGCAGCCAGCAUACCUCGAAAUUACAUAAUUGAUCAAACAAACGUUUACAAGAAUGCUCGUAGACGUAAACUGAAACCAUUUGCUGACUUCCAGAAGAUUGCUGUUGUGGUAUUUCCAAAGCCUGAAGAGUUGCAGUGUCGAUCAGCUAAAAGAUCUAGAGAAAUGGGGAAGGAAGUACCAGCUGAUGCAGUGAAUGAUAUGUUAGCCAAUUAUAUCUUACCAACUAGCAAGGACGUGCCUGGAUCGGGAGAGUAUUUUGAUGAGGUAAUAUUUGUAGAACUUGAUCGUGCAGAGUCUCAGAGAUGCUUAGAUGGGAUGAAACGUGCUCUAACAUCUGAAUCACACAAUUUUAUGUCACAUUCUCAAGCUAGCCCUGCUCCUCCUCAUAUUUUACCAUCUCGAAAUCAAGGUCUACAUAGUAUCUCGAAUGAUGAACGAUAUGGAAGUUCAAGAUUUAUUUCUGAAGUACAUCAAGAAAAUAUGAAUUCUCCUUUGUCUAGAUUUGUUCCCCCUUACAGAUCUAACGACAAUCUGAUUAGUGAAACCAGGUACUCUGGUCCAAGUAGCCAUCCCCCAGUUCGAAGUUAUCUUGGGUUUGAUCCUUACAGCAUUGGUGGACAUUUCCGAGGCGAUGAUCGAAUGUGUCCUCCAAGGGAAUACUCUGAUAUAGCUUCUCCUUUCCCACGUAUGGGUGAAAUGCCUCCAAGGGAAUACUCUGAUGUAGCUUAUCCUUUCCCACCUACUGGUCCACCUUAUGGAAGCCCGCCUCCAAGACCUACAUAUCAAUUUCCUUCUAAUAUGCCUUAUGGUAGAGGUUAUGCCUCCCCACGUCCAAGCCCAAGGUACUACUGAUACUGACUACUAAUGGGUUCACGGGUCAUCCUUCCUAUGUUUUAUGUAUACAUAUAAUAUAUUCAUCAGAGUGGAAAUGGUGAACAAUUGUAAUUAUUCUGGCUCUAUGCAUGCAUGGCCUGUUACACCUAUUUCUCUGCAUACAUUUUUUGUAGUUUCGUUAGCCAAUAAUCGAAUUCAGAACUUCAUCGAUCCUGCUGUUGUCGACGAACAUCUUCAAAAAGAGUUGAUUGAAAUUAAUCUUAUUCACAUGAAGUUAGGAAACGUUUUAUUCA